AUGUCACCAAAAGACGCAGCAGCUAUUACCAAAAAUGCAGUGGAGGCAGCCAAAAUAGCAGCAGAUGCAAUCAAAGAAGUCUCUGAAAGUCUACCAGCACCACUGGCCAUCAUCACAGACCAAGUCAAAGCCUUGCUGGAUAAGGCCACAAAGGCAGGAGAAGACACUGGAGACGCAGCAGAGAAGGCUGCAAAUGCACAAACGCCAGAGGCUGCAAAGGAAGCUGCCGAAGCUGCAGCAGAGGCCUCAAGAGUUGCCGAGGAGGCCUUGAAAGCCGUAGAAGAUGGUUUAAGACAAGCUGCAAACCCCUCAUCUGGUCUCAACACACCACAGGAUGUGCUAAAGGCCCUGCAAGCUGCAGAGGAAGUCACAGGAUUGGCUGUAGAAGCAGCUUCCAAAGCUAAAGAAACAGCAAAAGCCACAGCUGCUGCUGCAGCCGCGCCAUCAGCGGAAAUGGCAGCUGAAAGUGCAACACAAGCCGAUGCUGCUGCCAAAGAUGCUGCAGAAGCAGCAAAGCAAGCUACAGAGGCGAAGUUGUUUAAUACUGAGGAUGAAUCACCACUCAACCCAACUGCUGCAGCAACAGUGACAGCUGCAUCAGCUUCUGUUGCAGCAGCUUCUUCAACAGCCACAAUGACAGCUGCAUCAAAUGGCCCAACUUCAGGACUGUCCCCUGAGAAAACUGCGGAAAAUGCAGCAGCAGCAGCAGCAGCAUCAGCAGCAGCCAUAUCAGCAUCUUCAGCCGCAACAGCAGCAGUAGCUGCCAAAGUCUCCUCGGGACCACUUUCUGAAAAAGCAGCAGAUGCAGGACAAAGGGCUUUGGAGGCUGCAAAAGAGGCAGCAUCAGCUGCAGAGGCAGUCAAGGAUGGAUCAAUGUCACCAAAAGACGCAGCAGCUAUUACCAAAAAAGCAGUGGAGGCAGCCAAAAUAGCAGCAGAUGCAGUCAAAGAAGCCUCUGAAAAUCUACCAGCACCAAUGGCCAGUUUCGCAGACCAAAUCAGCGGCUUGCUUGAUACUGCCACAAAGGCAGGAGAAGACACUGGAGACGCAGCAGAGAAGGCUGCAAAUGCACAAACGCCAGAGGCUGCAAAGGAAGCUGUCGAAGCUGCAGCAGAGGCCUCAAGAGUUGCCGAGGAGGCCUUGAAAGCCGUAGAAAAUGCUUUUCAACAAGCUGCAAACCCCUCAUCUGGUCUCAACACAUCCCCGGACGUGCAAAAGGCCCUGCAAGCUGCAGAGGAAGUCACAGAAUUGGCUGUCGAAGCAGCUUCCAAAGCUAAAGAAACAGCAAAAGCCACCGCUGCUGCUGCAGAUGCGCCUUCAGCAGAAAUGGCAGCUGAAAGUGCAACACAAGCCGAUGCUGCUGCCAAAGAUGCUGCAGAAGCAGCAAAGCAAGCUGCAGCUGCCUUGUUGGUUAAUACUGAGGAUGAAUCACCACUCAACCCAACUGCUGCAGCCACAGUGACAGCUGCAGCAGCUUCUUCAGCAGCCACAAUGACAGCUGCAUCAAAUGGCCCAACUUCAGGACUGUCCCCUGAGAAAACUGCAGAAAAUGCAGCAGCAGCAGCAGCAGCAGCAGCAGCAGCCAUAGCAGCAUCUUCAGCCGCAACAGCAGCAGUAGCUGCCAAAGUCUCCUCAGGACCACUUUCUGAAAAAGCAGCAGAUGCAGGACAAAGGGCUUUGGAGGCUGCAAAAGAGGCAGCAUCAGCUGCAGAGGCAGUCAAGGAUGGAUCAAUGUCACCAAAAGACGCAGCAGCUAUUACCAAAAAAGCAGUGGAGGCAGCCAAAAUAGCAGCAGAUGCAGUCAAAGAAGCCUCUGAAAAUCUACCAGCACCAAUGGCCAGUUUCGCAGACCAAAUCAGCGGCUUGCUUGAUACUGCCACAAAGGCAGGAGAAGACACUGGAGACGCAGCAGAGAAGGCUGCAAAUGCACAAACGCCAGAGGCUGCAAAGGAAGCUGUCGAAGCUGCAGCAGAGGCCUCAAGAGUUGCCGAGGAGGCCUUGAAAGCCGUAGAAAAUGCUUUUCAACAAGCUGCAAACCCCUCAUCUGGUCUCAACACAUCCCCGGACGUGCAAAAGGCCCUGCAAGCUGCAGAGGAAGUCACAGAAUUGGCUGUCGAAGCAGCUUCCAAAGCUAAAGAAACAGCAAAAGCCACCGCUGCUGCUGCAGAUGCGCCUUCAGCAGAAAUGGCAGCUGAAAGUGCAACACAAGCCGAUGCUGCUGCCAAAGAUGCUGCAGAAGCAGCAAAGCAAGCUGCAGCUGCCUUGUUGGUUAAUACUGAGGAUGAAUCACCACUCAACCCAACUGCUGCAGCCACAGUGACAGCUGCAGCAGCUUCUUCAGCAGCCACAAUGACAGCUGCAUCAAAUGGCCCAACUUCAGGACUGUCCCCUGAGAAAACUGCAGAAAAUGCAGCAGCAGCAGCAGCAGCAGCAGCAGCAGCCAUAGCAGCAUCUUCAGCCGCAACAGCAGCAGUAGCUGCCAAAGUCUCCUCAGGACCACUUUCUGAAAAAGCAGCAGAUGCAGGACAAAGGGCUUUGGAGGCUGCAAAAGAGGCAGCAUCAGCUGCAGAGGCAGUCAAGGAUGGAUCAAUGUCACCAAAAGACGCAGCAGCUAUUACCAAAAAAGCAGUGGAGGCAGCCAAAAUAGCAGCAGAUGCAGUCAAAGAAGCCUCUGAAAAUCUACCAGCACCAAUGGCCAGUUUCGCAGACCAAAUCAGCGGCUUGCUUGAUACUGCCACAAAGGCAGGAGAAGACACUGGAGACGCAGCAGAGAAGGCUGCGAAUGCACAAACGCCAGAGGCUGCAAAGGAAGCUGUCGAAGCUGCAGCAGAGGCCUCAAGAGUUGCCGAGGAGGCCUUGAAAGCAGUAGAAGAUGCUUUUAAACAAGCUGCAAACCCCUCAUCUGGUCUCAACACAUCCCCGGAUGUGCAAAAGGCCCUGCAAGCUGCAGAGGAAGUCACAGGAUUGGCUGUAGAAGCAGCUUCAAAAGCUAAAGAAACAGCAAAAGCCACCGCUGCUGCUGCAGAUGCGCCUUCAGCAGAAAUGGCAGCUGAAAGUGCAACACAAGCCGAUGCUGCUGCCAAUGAUGCUGCAGAAGCAGCAAAGCAAGCUGCAGGUUCCUUGUUGUUUAAUACUGAGGAUGAAUCACCACUCAACCCAACUGCUGCAGCAACAGUGACAGCUGCAUCAAAUGGCCCAAAUUCAGGACUGUCCCCUGAGAAAACUGCAGAAAAUGCAGCAGCAGCAGCAGCAGCAUCAGCAGCAGCCAUAGCAGCAUCUUCAGCCGCAACAGCAGCAGUAGCUGCCAAAGUCUCCACAGGACCACUUUCUGAAAAAGCAGCAGAUGCAGGACAAAGGGCUUUGGAGGCUGCAAAAGAGGCAGCAUCAGCUGCAGAAGCAGUCAAGGAUGGAUCAAUGUCACCAAAAGACGCAGCAGCUAUUACCAAAAAUGCAGUGGAGGCAGCCAAAAUAGCAGCAGAUGCAGUUAAAGAAGCCUCUGAAAAUCUACCAGCACCAAUGGCCAGUUUCGCAGACCAAAUCAACGCCUUGCUUGAUACUGCCACAAAGGCAGGAGAAGACACUGGAGACGCAGCAGAGAAGGCUGCAAAUGCACAAACACCAGAAGCUGCAAAGGAAGCUGUUGAAGCUGCAGCAGAUGCCUCAAGAGUUGCCGAGGAGGCCUUGAAAGCCGUAGAAGAGGCUUUUAAACAAGCUGCAAACCCCUCAUCUGGUCUCAACACAUCCCCGGAUGUGCAAAAGGCCCUGCAAGCUGCAGAGGAAGUCACAGAAUUGGCUGUCGAAGCAGCUUCCAAAGCUAAAGAAACAGCAAAAGCCACCGCUGCUGCUGCAGACGCGCCAUCAGCAGAAAUGGCAGCUGAAAGUGCAACACAAGCCGAUGCUGCUGCUAAAGAUGCUGCAGAAGCAGCAAAGCAAGCUGCAGCUGCCUUGUUGGUUAAUACUGAGGAUGAAUCACCACUCAGCCCAACUGCUGCAGCCGCAGUGACAGCUGCAUCAGCUUCUGUUGCAGCAGCAGCAGCUUCUUCAGCAGCAGCAGUAGCUGCAACUACUUCGGCUGCUGUUGGAGCAACAACCUUUCCAAAUGCAGAAAAAGCAAUUGCUGCAGCAAAACAAGCAGCUGAAGCUGCCUCUUUAGUGUUAUCAGGACAAGAGCCACCAAAGUUUGCUGCAGAGGCUGCAACGAAAGCUGCUCAAGCUGCCAAACAAGCAGCUGAGGCAGCUGCACAAGAAGCAAAUAAUGCACCAGAAUCUUCAGCAAAAGCUGUUGCAGAAAUGCCAAAUGCAGCAUUGGCUUUAGCAGAGGCUGCUGAAAAAGCAGCAGCUGCAGCAGAAAUGGCAGCCUUGGGUAAACCCACAGCAAUUGCAGAUGCUGCCAAAGCAGCAGAGAAAGUUGCUAAAACAUCAACGGAUGCGGCAAUCAUCUUGGAUGAUAAAAUAAACUCCAGUGAGCCAGUUCUACAUUUAUCAUUGGCAUCGGCAAAAGUAGCAGCUGAAAUGGCAAAAGCAACAGCACAAACUGUAUCAAUAGCUACUGGAACAGCAGGAACCAAAGAAUUGGCUGAAAUAAUGGCCACAGCUGCAGAGGCUGCUGCAACAUCUGCAGAAGCGUCAGUUUCAGCAGCGGAAAAUGCACUCCUUGUUAGUGACAUGAAUCUACUAACUGACAAUGCACAGAUAGCAGUUACAGAUGAACAAACUGCACUGGUGGCAACAUCCACUGCAGCAGCAGCAGCAGCAACGGCAGUAGCAGCCUCAACAGCAGUAGCUGCCGGAAUACCAGUUUCCAAAGAGGUAGAAGCUGCAGUAGAAGCUGCACAGGUAGCAGCCAAAGCUGCCUCUUUAGUAGCAGCAGAAGAAUCAACAGUAACAAUAGCUGCAAAAGCUGCCAGAGAUGCUGCAGAAGCUGCAGAAAUAGUUGCACUAGAAGCAUUACAAGCAGCGGCAAAAGCUCCAGCAUCCACAGCAAAUAAAUUAAAUGAAAUAGCACAGGCAUCCUCAAAGGCUGCAAAGGCUGCACAAGAAGCAGCAGCAGCAGCUUCAAAGGCAGCUUCUGAAAGGACAACACCAGAGACAAUUGCGGCCACUUUGGAGGCUGCUAAAUCAGUUGCAGCCGGAGCAAAUGAUGCAAAAACCGCACUUACAGACUUAAAAGAGGGGGGAGAAGAAAUCCCAGGGGAAACACUUGCAGUGGUCGACACAGCACUGUCCGUUGCAGAUAUGACAGAAGCAGCAGCACUGACAGCACAGACAUCAGCAACAGUUGCAUCAGAAAAGAUUACAGAUCUGAUGAUACCUACAGCACAGGCAGUAGCAAAAGCUGCAGAAGCAGCAGCAGGAGCCGCAGGAGCUUUGAUGACAGCAGCACCCAAAGACACAACUGGAAAUGCAGCAGUAACACCAACUACUGGAACAGCAACAACGGUUGAAACAACUUCGGGUAUUGUGGCAGAAACAAAUUCAGGAGUGCAGGCACCACAACCAGAGGAAGCUGAUUCAGUGGAUGCCAAGGCACAGGAGAUGGCUGUCGUUGGGGCAACAGCAGCUGCAGCUGCAUCGGCUGCAGCUGCUGCAACAGCUGCUAAAGCUGCUGGACCUGCAGCCCAGAAAGCAGCAGAAGAUGCUGCAGAAGCUUCUAAAGUAG